AUGCCCAGCGCCACAGAUAUGGAUAUCCCGACCAGAAAACGCAAAGGACGCGAUGAUGACUCUGCGAUCCAUGAUACGAAGAGUGAUGACGAGAAUUCAAUCAAUGGAGCGCAUCUAGAGGCAGAGCCCACCCCCAAACGACAGAGAACGACGGAGCGUAGAUCAGUGCAGAUUGAGGAUGAAGAGGACUUAAAGAAUGGAAUGGAAGAUCUUGAUGUGGAGGAUGAAGAUUUGCAAGUCGUAAUUGCUCGGGAAAAGGCUCCAAUGGAAGGCUACGACGAUCUCUACCUCGAUACUAUAAAUCGCAAUGUACUCGACUUCGACUUCGAGAAGCUUUGCUCCAUUUCCCUUUCCAACAUCAACGUAUACGCCUGUUUAGUAUGUGGGAAGUACUAUCAGGGACGAGGAACCAAGUCUCAUGCAUAUUUUCAUGCUCUUGAAGUAGGACAUCACGUAUUCAUCAACAUGCAAACACAGAAAGUAUAUGUUCUGCCAGAAGGAUAUGAGGUCAAAAAUAAGAGUUUGGAUGACAUAAAGUUUGUGUCAGACCCUACAUAUACAAAGGAACAAGUCAUGGCUGUGGAUCGUGAAGCCAAAACUUCCUGGACACUUUCUGGCAAAGAAUAUAUACCAGGUUUUGUCGGCAUGAACAACAUCAAAGAUAACGACUAUUUCAAUGUAAUAAUACAAGCACUUUCCCAUGUACCACCACUUCGAAAUUUCUUCUUGCUGGAAGACUUCAAUAAUAAGCCGGAACUUAUAAAACGUGUGUCUAUUCUGUUCCGAAAGAUAUGGAAUCCAAGAUCCUUCAAAUCCCACGUCUCUCCUCACGAAGUUCUCCAAGAAAUCUCUCUCAAAUCCAACAAAAAAUUCAAUCUUACUACACAAUCCGACCCUGUGGAUUUCCUGUCCUGGUUCCUUAACAACCUUCAUCUCGCGCUUGGAGGUUCCAAAACCAAACCCGGCUCUUCAGUAAUCCAAAAGAUAUUCCAAGGAAAACUAAAAGUCGAGUCUCAAGCCAUCACAGCCAAAGCCGAUGCUGGUGAUCGAUUAAGAUUCGAAGAUGCGGAUGUUAAGACUGAUGUUAGUAGGUUCAUGCUACUCACAUUAGAUUUGCCCGCAGCGCCAUUGUUCCAAGAUGAAUUAGAACGAAACAUCAUCCCACAAAUCCCCCUCACCAGCAUUCUCGCAAAAUACGACGGCAUAAAAUCUCAAGAACAUCUCAACAUGCGCAAACGCUAUCGAUUGCUCCACCCACUACCACCCUUCCUCCUCUUCCACAUAAAACGCUUUUCCCACAACAAAUUCGUCGACGAACGCAACCCCACCAUCGUCACCUUCGACGCGCGCAAUCUCGACAUGGCACCAUAUAUCGAGCCCGAUUUGAAGCAUGCCAGUCCCGGUGAACCGAUAUGGUAUGAUUUGGUAGCAAACAUAGUGCAUGAAGCGGUUCGAGGACGAGAAGAUAGUGUAGAAGGAGAAUCAGAAAAGAGGAGUUGGAAAGUGCAGUUGAGGGAUAAGGCGACGGGGGGUUGGAAGGUGGUGCAGGAUUUGUUCGUAGAGGGGGGACAGAGGGAAUUCUUGCAUUUGGGGGAAAGUUAUGUGCAGGUUUGGGAGAAAAGAAGAGAGGUGAAGGGGAAAGGAAAAGGAAAAGCUAACUAA